AUGGACCAGAAAUCAAGGCCACCGCCGCCUCCCCCAAAACCCAAAGCACUUUCAUCUCAACCAACUACAGCGACGAACUCAAGCAAAAAGCGAGGCUUAGGAUGGCCGUGGAAUGAACCUGCAGCCCAUUUUCAACUCUAUCAGCCAUACAUCACCACCGGCAAGAUAACAUGGCUUUUCAACUGGGAAGUCUGGGUGCCUGAAUCCCUUCCGUCUCAAGUCGAGUGGGUUCCAUGUGUGCGAACGCCAGCAAACGUCAAGGACGUCGACGCGUUCCUCAGCGACAUCAUCAACAAUCGAGGCUUCAAGACAUCAGCCCUCCUCGGUUUCAACGAACCGGAGAUUCCUGAGCAGGCGAACAUGACCGUGGAGCAGGCGGUCGAGCUGUGGAAGCAGGUCGUGCUCCCGGCGAAAGCGAAGUUCAACUUCCGCCUCGGUAGUCCUGGCAUGAGCAGCGAUGUUGGACGAAGUAAGCCUUGGUUGAAUUCGUUCUUGUCACAGUUGGGUGGCCAAGAUGGCAUUGACUUUCUCGCUGUACAUUGGUAUGGGCUGUCGUUCAACGACAUGCGCGCUUUUCUUGAGGACUGGCAUUCAACCUACGGCUUGCCGGUUUGGCUAAAUGAAUUCGCCUGCACCCGCAUGGGCAAUGGCGAAGCUACUGUUCAGGAAGUGGAGGCUUUUAUCCGAGAUGCUCUACCGUGGUUGGAUGCUUGUCCAUGGGUUGAGCGGUACGCAUAUUUUGGAAACCAUGAUACUGGAACUUGGGUGGGGAGAGCUAGCAACUUUACGGAGUCUUCGGGAGGUCAAGGGAGUCAGUUGACGAGUGUAGGAAGACUUUACUGUGAACUGUAA